CUGAAGGAUACUAGUGUUUCACCGCGUUUUUAUUUGUAGACAUGUUACUGUAUGCUGACACGUGCGGAACUGUUGGAGACAUUCACUGUGGUGAUCUGGAGAUCUGUGUUUUUAAGGGAUGGUGAGGUGCUUAAGUUGCGCGCUAUGGUUCAUAUACGCAAUCCUCUCUCACCAUUCUAGCUUUUGCACCUCGGUGAGUAGAUCACACUCGUGAAACGACCGACGCAUUCGCUAUAAUCGGCGGGGAAAAGGAGACAAGGAUGGCAGCUGCACAUAAUGGAUCCAACAUAACGGCAAACCACACCAACCAGUUUGUGCAGCCGCCGUGGCGCGUCGCUCUCUGGUCCGUAGCCUACAGUUCCGUGCUGGCGGUGGCAGUGUUUGGAAACCUCAUCGUGAUAUGGAUCAUUCUUGCCCACAAGCGUAUGAGGACGGUGACGAACUACUUUCUCUUAAACCUGGCGUUUUCGGACGCGUCAAUGGCCGCGUUUAACACUUUGAUAAACUUUAUCUACGCUACCCACGGGGAGUGGUACUUCGGGGAAGCGUACUGCAAAUUCCACAACUUCUUCCCGGUCACAUCCGUGUUUGCAAGCAUCUACUCCAUGACUGCGUUAGCUGUUGACAGGUACAUGGCCAUCAUCCAUCCUCUGAAGCCUCGUUUGUCGGCGAAGGCCACCACAGGAGUUAUCGUCUGUAUCUGGAGUCUAGCCGUGGUUCUGGCCUUCCCUCUCUGCUACUUCUCCACCACCCGAACUCUGCCCCGCAGGACCCUCUGCUACGUGGCCUGGCCCCGCAUGGCCGACGACCCCUUCAUGUAUCAUAUCAUAGUGACAGUUCUGGUCUACGUGCUGCCCUUAGUGGUGAUGGGCAUCACUUACACCAUCGUGGGGCUGACUCUGUGGGGAGGGGAGAUACCAGGAGACUCAUCUGAUAACUAUCACGGACAGCUCAGGGCUAAAAGGAAGGUGGUGAAGAUGAUGAUCAUCGUAGUAGUGACUUUUGCCCUCUGCUGGCUGCCUUAUCACGUCUACUUCAUUGUGACGGGUCUCAACAAGCGUCUGAGCAAAUGGAAGUACAUCCAGCAGGUCUACCUGUCAGUGCUGUGGCUGGCAAUGAGCUCCACCAUGUACAACCCUAUCAUCUACUGCUGCCUUAAUAGCAGGUUUCGAGCUGGCUUCAAGCGAGCGUUUCGUUGGUGCCCGUUCAUCAAGGUAUCCAGCUACGACGAGUUGGAACUACGCUCCACGCGUCUACAUCCGACAUGCCAAAGCAGCAUGUACACGCUGUCACGAAUGGAUACCACCAUGGUGUUGGUCUACGACCCCGCCGAGGGCGAUGGCAGCUCUGGAAGGAAGCAGUCCCUGUCGGCCAGGAAGAGAAGCUACAUCACGUCUCGCCACGCGGAGAUCACUGGAUGCAGUGUUGAUGGUGCGAAAACGCAGAAUGGAGAGGCUCCAGGCACUCAACCCGAGGAGUUUUCUUGAAGGGUGUUUUCAGAGACAUACUGUAUGCGUGCAAGAAAUGUACACAGAUGCAUAAUGCACUGUACAUACAAAUGGUGCACAUAUGUUUGGUUUAUUUAGACCUGAUUUUGUAAUAUUUGGAAUCAGCUGAUAGCCGAAUUUAUUUUUAUUGAAUGUUUGUUCAUUUUUCCCGACAUAAUAGCAUUAAAGCUUAGAGUGUUAAAGCAGCUGUGGUAAACACCAAGACAAGUGUAGCAGUUUAAAUAUGUUUCACAGCAGAAUAGCUCUGCUUUAAGAAAAUACAGCAUGCGUCACAGGUUUUUUCCAGCAGUUUCUCAAACAGGUGUUGUGUCUUGUAUUAUGUUGUGAGUGUCUGUGUGGAACCGGAGCCUCUUUCACAAAAGCGGAUUGCGAGCAGUAUUUAGAUGCUGUUGCAAGUGGCAGCAAAGGAUCACACAAAGGAUCAUUGCUUUCAAAUUCCAAAUACAUUUGUGAGUCCCAAAGGGCUCUUCCAUCCUCAUGCAUCUCUGUUUGUUUGCUUGCAGGUCUGUUUGUUUUUAAUUAGUGAGACGUCUCAAAAUCAUCUCGUUAGAAAUUCUAGCUUGGUGCAACAGGCCUCUGCUUUGGCCGGAUGCUUUGGUAAAGAUUCCUACUGCCUCUCGUCACUGAAGUUUAGUUCUCAACCAAGAGCAUAGCUGUAGAGUCAUGGUUAACCUGCAAAAUAGCCCAGAAAAAAAAUGUGACUGAUAGCGACUGUGGCUGUGGUGGGUGGUGCUUUACAUUUACAGUUCGGGAGCAGCCUUGUAUGUUGUCAAGGUGAAGAAUUCUGAACUUGUACAGUUUGAUGAUCUAAAUAUGUUAAAGUCUUCUUCCUAUCCAAUAAAGGUAUAUUUGCAUAAAUUAAAUACUGCAAGUAGCUGUUUCAUUACAGUAAUUCAGCUCUGAUUGGGAUUAGCAUUUCAACACACCCAGUGCACUGCUGUUUAAUUAAGGUCUCGGUCCCACAGUUGAAAUGAUUGAUAAUUAAAUGAAUCAGUUCUGCUGGGAGAUUCGCUGCUGGGAGUGUGAGACCAUCUCACAAUAGAGUUGAUAUGAAAAAACACCAUGGUGGUUGUAAUUAUGUAAGUAUGUCAUAGUUUUUAAUUCCAUCUGUAAGUAAUAACUGUGAACUUUGUGAUGCAGAGGAUGCACUCUGCAUCUAUUUCCCCCCCGAAGCCUCGAAUGAGCGGCUGCAGAAAGCUGCCAAUGGAAUAGCUGUUGAUCGAACACCAUUUGGCUCUAUAUGUGGCUUUGAGUUUGGCUCUGAAAGUAUUGAAAUUGAGCUAGGAUUUCAGUUAUGUAACGGUUGUAAGGAACAUGCUUUCUGUAACUGGCAAAAAGCCAGAGGCGAAAUCCAGUAUUUGCAGCACGCUAAUAAACAGGCUGCUGGAGAAUGUGCAGACUGAAAGCGAACUGACCAACAAGGACCGUCACUUUGCAACCAAGUGAAGGAAAGAAUAAAGGAAGCCGCACAACCUCUGUUUUACUGUUCUAGAAUGUUUUUUUUAAAUGCCCAGUGUUUGCCUUUUGCAGUUGUUGGUGUUUCAGUAGUUUCUUCCAGCAUGCUGCUUUCCUGUGUUGAAUCUUUAUUUAAAUCCCUGCUUGUUGCUUUUUCAAGUGUUGAAUCUGCACCAAGCAAUAUGGUAGCUUGUGCCGUGUUGGUUUUAUAAUAUGAGUGGAACCAUACUGUGACAGGAUUAUCUAAACCAUAUGUAUCCCCUCUGACUCACUGCGAGGAACUAAACAUGAUAAUAAGUUGUUUGACUUCUUUCAUCAUCAGUGUUUUGGUUUGUUGAAAGAAAUAUUUUAAAGAACAAUGUGUGCAGUGUCCUACUAGUUGCACUUUGUGAUGACAGAUACAACAAAUGUCAAAAGGUUCAAAAGACGUUCAUUUUGUCACGUUUGGAAGAAAAUGUAAGCUCAAAUCUUCUAGACUGACCAUCGAAACACAUUAUAGAUGUCCUUAAUUAUUCUUACCAACAGUUCUGAAUGUUAGAAGACUUCAUGAAAGUAUUUACUCAAGAAUGUGAAGAAAAACAAGUUUGUGCAUUUCAGUGUCAUGCAUUUUUAAGAUGUCGUCUAUAAUCCUAAUAUUGAAGUUGGUUAAAUAUUUGUGUCUGGUGAUCAAUCUGUUUUCAUAUUUCUCUGUAAUAAUGUAUGUGCUUUGUAUGAAUGUACAGUACAAUGUGUGUCUCUAUCUCUGUCAAGUGGUGACCAUAUUAUUUGUUGUGUCUUUAAAGGAUAAUUUGUUUAUUUCGACCUGAGCCUCAUUUCUUUGUUCUCACAAGCAAUCAAUCAAUGUCAUUACUUCACUACAUUUUGUCCCUUUUACUUGGCUAGAUGUACUUUUAUUGCUCUUAUUAAAAAACAGGACUCGGGUUGAAAUAAACUAUUAUAUUUUCCUUUAAACUAAUUAUAAUAUGAUUUUUGCUGGCAAGUGACAAUUAUUUUGGUAAUAUGAGAUGAGGAAUUGUAGGAACUUAUUGUUAUUGAUAAUACAAAGUGACUUUCAAAUUCAAUAUAAUAUGUCUUAGGGGUUUUUGGCCUGCUUUAGUCAGUGGUGAUGUAUUUGCUUCAUUAAUGUAGCUUCAUUGCAAACGUCUUCCUUACAGUAUAAUGUUUACAAGCAACACAACAUGCUUAUGAUGAAACUUAUGACUGUCAAAUUUUAAUGAGGAAAAAAACUACAACUGAGCAAUAGUGUUUUGUCAUAAACAAUGCAGGCUAUUGUAAUAAUGAGCAACUUUUAAAUAUCUAAAUUUGUUUAUAUUCCUUAAUUCAAUUACCUCCACCACAGCUCAUAAUUACCUGUAAAUCCAAGCAUUUUGAUUCAGUAAUUAUGAGAUAUUUAUCUUGUUUUUGCAACGUACUUCCGUGUCUAUCACUUCCCAGCUUGUUAAAGGUUUUACAUAAGUUACCUGUGAUCAGAAAUGUCUU